UGAGCAUGGAUGUUCAUCAUCUUUACAGUCAAAAUAAAACACUGAUCAAUACACAGAAUUUAUGUGGAGUGUAAGCAAAUUAUCCAGCCAUCGUAUUACAUAUAUUAUACAUUUAUUUUAGCAAGCAUGGGACAGAUUGAAUCGAUAGAGCUACUCAUUGUGAAUUAAAGUAACAAACUUGGCCUACUAGUAAUAAAAGAUUAUGGGUGAAAUACACUAAAGUAAAACAGAAUGACUACAGAGGCAGCAUCCCUUACUCAAGGAACUGCAAUCGAUGUUUCUGUGUGUGAGAAAGAUAGUUUAGAAGAUUUAAGGGUUGUCAAAGAUGUUACAGAGGGACCGACAUACACAAAAGAACAUCAAGAUGUUGCAGAGUAUAACUUGAAUUGCGUCAAUGAGGAUAGUCCAAACAAAAACAAAGCAAAUGGUCUAUGUGACGACAUCUACAAAACAAGUCAACGGACUUACAGUAGCAAAGGAAGUACGGAAAACAUAGACAAAGUCACACCAAGGGAUCCUUCAAGACAGUUUUCAGAAGAGGAAAAAAAGAACUGUUUCCUUCAGACAAAUAAUGCCUCUAAAUUAUUUGAUUAUAAAAUCAGAAGACGUCGCACUAUAGAUGGAGUAAAUGCAAUUCCUAAAGCGAGUUCCACGAGGGACCUGCAUCGCCAAACGUCUGACUUUGGCCGGUCAUUCCUUCCACGUCCCAAAGGGAGCACUUUGAAUCUCUCUUACUCUGGAGAAAGUCCUCCAUGUGUUCGUGAGACUUUAACUAGUAGACUGAGAUUUGAAAAGGGGCACCUGUCCCACGAACUGCAAAACUGUGACUGCAAUAACUACAUCACCCCAACACAACGCAAGGAAAUGGAAAUGAAGCAGCUUAAGAAAGAGGUCAAACAGCUAAAGAAAGACAUUGCAGAGAGGGUAGAGGAAAUUGACUUGCUGAAGAAAAAUAUUGACAAAGAGGCGGCAGAAAUUAUUGAAUGUAAAAAUACCAAAAUUAAAGAAAUUCGAGAGGAGCUUGAUUCUAUGACCAUUAGUCAGACUGAAUUGAAGUCCUCAUAUCACGAAGCGCUGGAAAAGGUAUCCUCCCUGGAAGAGACAGUUAAAAAUCUAAAGGCUGUAAUUGCUGACAAAGAACAAAGUAAUGCAGAAAUGUAUUAUGAAAUGUACCGAAAAGGCCAAGAGUCGGCAAAGUUUGAAAGGAAUUUUGAGAUUGAAAGAAUUGCCGCCAUAUCCGGUAAAGCAACGUCAGUGACAACUCGUGAACUGUUGGAGAAGCUGGUGGACACAGAGGCGGAAUUAGCUAAGUGGCAGUCAUUCAGACGCCAAGAGUCCUACGAAAGUGCCGAAAGACCAGAAACAGAGGCCGCUGCCAUUUUGAGGUUCCUAAAGGAUUCUUUUUACCAUUAUAUUACUGACCAGAAGCAGUCGGACAACCACCUUCGUGCCAUGAUCCGAAUAUUUAACUAUACAGAGCCCCAAAAGAAGAGAAUUGCCAGUGCCAUAGCGGAAAGGAUUAACAAGAAAAAUAGCCUAUGAAAUCAAUGAACAUUUUCAAUAUUUUACGUUUGUGGUCUUAAUGAGGAUAAGAACCAAAACUUUGAUUAUAUUCACAUGUAAAGAAAUUCCUGAAAGGGACUAUUUUAAAUUUUGUAAAGUAGGAUUCCCCCCAUAGACAGCUCCCCCUCUCUCCCCGGAAUCUGUACUCUAAAGUAGGACUUCCCCCAGAGGGGAAAUCUCACACUAGAGCCAAACUUCCCCCUCUUUCUUUCUUACAGCAGGAUUUCCCCUCUUUUGUCAAUGCUAAAAUCAUAUCGACAAUAUUUGGCUUAAAGUUUAUAU